ACACUUGUUCAACCUAAAACGUAGUAUUUGAAUUAAUUCUGCAGCUUCAAAGCUGUCUCUUGAAUAUGUGUUUCUUUGAGAUUCGGUGCGAUCAAAAUUUGACGGUGGUGAAGAUGGAUGUAGCAUGGUGGAUGGAAGCAGCUCCUCCGCAGAUGAUUUUUCCUGAGAAGCCAUCAACUUGUCCGGUUCUUGAGACCAUUUUAGAAGAACGAGAGACCGAAGAAGACGACCAUACAUGAUAAGGAAGACGUUUAAGUGACCAUUUGAUCGACCUUUCAUCGUGAUUAUAGAUAAAAACUUUUGUUGCAAUUUUCUAUGAAUGUAUAAGACGGAUAUUUUGUAUAUUUAUAAAUGUCAUGAUAAUUAAUA